AUGAUUUCCCCUUUCCAGGGGGCCGUUCAGAGCGAUGUUCCCCUAACCCCACCUCUGCUGCGGCUCGGGCUGCGGCUGCGGCUGCGACUGGAGCUGCAGCUCGGGCUGCGGCUCGGGCUGUGGCUCGGGCUGCGGCUGCGGGUUGCGGCUGCGGGCUGCGGCUGCGGGCCGCGGCUGCGGCCUGCGGCCUGCACCACCCUGUACGCCCCCCCGGCCGUCGGGGCCGAGCGCGGGGCCACCCCCCCCUCCCAGCCCUUCGUGCGCGACCUGCCCGCCGGCGUCGCCGACCCCGCAGCGCUGCUCGCCCUGCCCGAGUGCGAGGCCCUCGUCCGCCUCGGGUACGCCCCGCAGGACGCCGGGGCGGCCUGCGCCCCGGAGCCCCGGGCGGCGCUGGACUUCUGGGGCGGCGAGGCGGCCGGCCUGGCGCGGCUGGAGGGCUGGGUCCAGGGCGGCGGGCUCUCUGGCUACUACGACAGCCGCUCAGGGGUGCUGGGCGCGGACUACUCGUCGAAGCUCUCUCCCUGGCUCGCGCUCGGCUGCCUGUCUCCGGUCAGGGUGUACAGGCGCAUCCGGCGUGAGGGGCUGAGCGACUCCGUCAGGUGGCUGAUCUCUGAGCUCGGCUGGCGAGACCUGUUCCGGUACCAUCUGAUCUACCACGGCUCUGCUGUCUUCAAGGUGGGUGGUCCUGCGGCGGCGCAGCGGGCCUGGCUUCGCGACAAGCGCCUCUUCGAUGCGUGGCGCCUCGGGGAGACGGGCAUACACUACGUCGACGCGCACAUGCGGGAACUGGCCGCCUCAGGAUUCAUGUCCAACACAGGGCGGCAGCUGGUGGCGUCCUUCCUGUCCUGCUGCCUCGGCAUGGACUGGAGGCUCGGGGCCAUGUGGUUCGAAGCGACCCUGCUCGACCACGACGUAGCCAUAAACUACGGGAACUGGAACCGUGAGGCGCACGUUCGCUGGGCCGGGCGCCGCUCGGUGCCGGCCGAGGCCGACCUGCAGGGCGAGGAGCGCUCGCACCUGCUGGCCAGGCUGGCGGGGGCCGCGCGGGGCGGCACGGGCGCCUACGACACGGCGGAGUUUGUGCGGCGGUGGGUGCCGGAGCUGAGGGGCGCUGCGGGCGGUGGCCUCGUGUGCAGGGCCGCUCCGCGGCCCGUGCUCGAGGUCCUGUGCUGGAGCUGCUCCGCGCUUGAGAGGGCGUCGGCGCUGGUGGGCGGGAAGCUGCUGUGUCCCGCCUGCCGGGGCGCCUGCUCGUGGUGCGGCACGCCGAGCGGCUCCGCGGCACGGGCGGGCUCCAAGAGGUAUACCGGAGGGCCGCCCACGGUACAUGAAGGCGGGGCGAGGCACUCUUUUGAGGUCAUGGCCGCGGUCUCCAUCCCACAGCGGGUGCCCUCGCAGGCUGGCCGCGCCGACGGCGCAGUGGCGGCCGAGCACAGCGCCGCCGCGACGCGCGACGAGGUGCUGCGCAACAGGCUGCCAGCGUUGCAGGCGGUCACUGACGCCAUCUCCAACCUGUCCCAGCCGGAGCGCGGCCGACUGCUGCUCCCCAGCGGCUUCGCGGCGAUGUUGGACCUGUGCGACGCCGUGCGGGAGGUCGGCGACGUGUCGUCUAUGCUGGGCCCCACCUGGGCGCUCCACCAGCGCAUCGACUGGGCGACGGCCGUCGCGCUGCACGCGGUGCCGCGGGCCCGAGAGGCCUACCAGACGUUCCUGGCUUCGCACGUCAACGGUCACAGGGCCCUCCUGGAGGUGCACACGGUCUUCCCGUCCGUUGGCGCGGGCGGCACGCAGUGGGUCACGCGAGUGCGCGAGGUGCUCAAGGUUUGGGAGGCCGCGCACCCUGGAUACAGCGCCGAGGUGUCGGGAGGCGCGUCUCAGGCGGUCGACGUCCGCGACACCCUCAUGGCGGGCAUGGCCAGAUACCUGGCUGUCAUCGUGACCAUCAUCGUGUUCUUGGUGUACUACGCUUUCAAGAGCGUGAUGGUGCCUAUCCGCUUGGCCGUGGCCUUAGUUUUCACGCUGGUGGCCACCUACGGCACGGGCGUCAUCAUCUAUCAGACGCCGCUGCUGCACCCGUGGUUCCCCUUCUUGCGGGACUUCAACGGCAUCUCAUACGAGGUCAUCCCGCACGUGACCGGCAUCGCCAUCUCUCUCGGUCUGGACUACGACAUCUUCCUGGUCAGCCGCGUGGUGGAGUUCCGGAUGUCGCGCUACACCGACCGCGCUAGCAUUUUCAGGCCGCCUCGGCUCAAAACUCUCGCGGCCGGCGCGCCGAGGCUCCCAGCUCUCGCGGAGCAGUGGCCCGGGGACCUGGCGGGCCAGCAUCUGCGGGAACUGGAGCAGUGGCCCAGGGAUCUUGCGGGUCAGUAUCUGCGGAAACUGGGCGCACCUUUUGUUCCCCAAUAA